AUGAAAAAUAAAACGGUGCCGAUAACUACAGAGGAUAUUAUUUUUAGAUCCCCAGAUAUCGACGUUGGCGAUUUGCAUUAUGAGAUUGAAGAAAUACGUAAAGAUAAAGAGAAUAUAUUAAGAUCAAUAGAUGAAGACGCAAAGUUUGUUAAUAAAGUCAUCUCGAUGAUACCGUAUUUACCGAUUAUUGGAAACGAGAGAUGCGGUACCUGGUAUAUUGAUUCAAAAAGGAUAUCUCCAAAAACAGUAUAUUUCAAAUCUACCGAUGGACAUACCGGUCAAUGGAGCUUCAAUAUACGCCGAUUCAAUAGUCAUUUGUUAGAUAUUAUCGUGGAGCAUGUUGGAUGUAUUAUCGUUGAUUCUACACGCCGUGGGAAAAGAAUUCCUGAUUCUUUGUCAAAAACAAUCCCAAUUUGGUGUUGUACAAUAAAUCAAGCGAUUGCAAUAUUGCGUAGAAAAAAUCAGCAUAUUGAUCAUGCAAAUGAUAACGAUAAAGAAUGGGACAUUGAAUUCCAUUCACCCCCAUCAACCGUCUCAAAAUCUGAACAUGAUCAAAUCGCUGCUCGAAUACCUGAGUUUGUUGAAAAAUUAUUGGAUCCUAAAUUGCAUAUUACAAAAUACUUGCAAAAACUUUCGAAACCAUUACGCCCUCUCUGGAUAACACCUGAUUCAAAUAUAUUUGACAAUCAACUACUGCCAGAUUAUACCAGUUUGCCAUUCUAUCCAGUAAUUUGUCUCAGUACGUCAAAAGUGGUAGCAAUGGGAAUGGAAUCUCGACAAGGGUAUCAGUAUAUUCAAGGUGCUGCAGAUGAUCAAGAGACAUGGUCACUUGGAUUGACACCUUCGUUAUUUUGGAAGCAUCAUAAAGAGAUUUUGGAUGAUUCUUGUUUUGAUCCAGUUCAAUGUGAAAGAAAAGUAAGAGAAAUAGUGGCAUAUACUAAAAUCGAAUCUCCUAAAUCACCUCUACUUAAUGGUGAUUCAUUUAAUUUUUUGGGGAACACUAAUAUUGCUAUUGGCAACCGAAGAAGUGGUUGUCCACCACUAUGCUGGCGGUAUUUUGAUUACAUAAUAAAUUGCACGCCUCAGGGAUACAAUACCUCCACCAACUCAUCAACAAUAAUCCAAUCAACAGACAUAAGCUCCGAGAAUAAAACAAAUUAUCUUCAAUUACCAAUUCCAGAAGGCAAAAAGGGACAACAUAUCUUGUUUGAGAUGAUUCCAAAAGCUCUAGAUUAUUUAAAGAUACCACUUAUGGAACAUCAACGAAUCUUAAUUCAUUGUGAGCAGGGAGUUGAUCGAAGCGUUGGAAUUGCGUUGGCAGUUUUGGUCAAUUAUUUUGAUGAUAAUGAAAAUGGAAUCGAUCAUGAAGUUGUCACAAAGGAUCUCAUUCAACGGCGUCUUUUCUUUAUCACCUCUUAUCGCAAUAAGGCAAAUCCAUCACGUGCAACACUAAAAAAAGUGAAUGCUUUUUUCAUGGAUAAUUAA